CGGCGCGGCCGCGGUCCCCGGCAGGUUCCUCCCUGAGCGCCGCGGGAGCCGUGUGCCGCCCCCUCCCCCGGCCUCGUGCUGGUGGGGCCGUACCCCUGCCCCCCUGCCGAGGGUGGGAACCCCGACACGCGGGGACAGCCCGCCCGCCCGGCGGGAAGGGCCUUUGCUUGGUGCGAGUACGGGACCUGCCAUCAUGAGCGGCCGGGCGCUGCCUUAGCGUGUGCCCCUGCGCCGGCGGGGGUGGGCACUGCCCCGCCAGCCACGCUCUGCCGCUUCUGGAGUGAGCAGCGAGCCAGGACGGAGUUGGGAAACUCAUAACUGCCCAAACACGAAGAUGGAGUGUCAGAAAAUUAUCAAUUUCGGAAACCAGCUUCUUCGCCGGAAAAAUGUGGACUGCACUCGAGAAGACAGUCGGCUUUCACGAUGCCUCAACACAUUUGACUUAGUGGCUCUGGGUGUAGGCAGCACUUUGGGUGCAGGUGUCUAUGUACUGGCUGGAGCUGUGGCACGGGAAAAUGCGGGACCUGCCAUUGUUAUCUCCUUCUUGAUUGCUGCCUUGGCUUCAGUGCUGGCCGGACUCUGCUACGGAGAAUUUGGUGCUCGAGUUCCUAAGACGGGAUCAGCUUAUCUCUACAGCUACGUGACCGUGGGCGAGCUGUGGGCCUUCAUCACAGGGUGGAAUUUAAUCCUCUCCUAUGUUAUCGGAACUUCGAGCGUGGCCAGAGCGUGGAGUGCGACGUUUGAUGAAAUCAUAGGCCAGCACAUUGAAGAAUUUUGUAAAAAAUACAUGACGAUGGAUGCUCCUGGAGUGCUAGCAAAAUACCCAGACAUCUUUGCAGUGGUGAUAAUCAUCAUCCUAACAGGGCUUUUAAUUUUUGGCGUGAAGGAAUCUGCCCUCGUGAACAAAGUGUUCACCUGCAUCAACAUCCUUGUCCUCGGCUUUGUCAUGGUCUCUGGCUUUGUGAAAGGAUCUGUUAAAAACUGGCAGCUGACUGAAGAGGAUGUUUACAACACCAGCCACAGCAUUUACAGAGACAAUCAGACACAGGAAGAAAAGCUCCAUGGUGUCGGAGGGUUUAUGCCCUAUGGAUGGAAAGGAGUCCUCUCAGGGGCAGCCACGUGUUUUUAUGCUUUCGUGGGAUUUGACUGUAUUGCUACUACAGGUGAAGAGGUGAAAAACCCUCAGAAGGCCAUUCCUAUUGGCAUUGUGGCAUCUCUGCUCAUCUGCUUCGUGGCUUAUUUUGGCGUGUCAGCUGCCCUGACACUCAUGAUGCCUUACUACCAGCUGGAUACCAAUAGCCCUUUACCCAAUGCCUUUAAAUAUGUGCGUUGGGAUGGAGCCAAUUAUGCAGUGGCUGUCGGAUCCUUGUGCGCGCUUUCUACGAGUCUCCUUGGCUCCAUGUUUCCGAUGCCUCGAAUAAUUUAUGCUAUGGCAGAAGAUGGACUUCUUUUUAAAUUUUUGGCUAAAGUCAAUGAAAAGCGAAAAACUCCAAUAAUUGCAACAGUGACAUCAGGAGCCGUUGCAGCUGUUAUGGCCUUUCUCUUCGACCUGAAAGAUCUUGUGGAUCUCAUGUCCAUCGGGACCCUCCUGGCUUACUCCUUGGUGGCAGCCUGCGUGUUGGUACUGAGGUAUCAGCCAGAGCAGCCUAAUUUGGCAUAUCAGAUGGCUAGGACAACAGAGGAGACGGAUAACAACGAGUCUGUGAGCACCAGUGAGUCACAGGCAGGAUUUCUUCCAGAGGAGGAGGAAAAGUGUUCCCUCAAAGCCAUAUUAUGUCCACCAAAUUCAGACCCUUCCAAAUUCUCGGGCUCGGUGGUGAACAUCUCAACAUUCAUCAUUGGUUUCCUUAUUGUGGGUAGCUGUAUCUUGACUGCCCUUGAGCCAAGCAUUCUGAUAAAGGCUGUAUGGAUUAUCGCUUUUGUCCUUGUUCUCCUUGUCAGCUUCAUUAUAUGGAAACAGCCCGAAAGCAAAACCAAGCUCUCCUUUAAGGUACCUCUUUUGCCCCUUCUUCCUGUCGUGAGUAUUUUUGUGAAUGUUUACCUCAUGAUGCAGCUAGACAUAGGCACGUGGAUCCGGUUUGCAGUCUGGAUGCUCAUAGGCUUUAUCAUCUACUUUACCUAUGGAAUAUGGCACAGCGUGGAAGCUACCUAUGCGGCCUCAGCAGAUGCGGAGAGAAACAUGGAUGCUGGCUCGGACAGCUGUAAAUGACUGCAUGUUUGGCUUGUGGGCAACUGGGGAAUGGCUGCGCUGAAGGAAGCUUUGUGGCGGGGAUCCUGAACCAGGCUACAUCUGGUUAAUCAGUAAUGCAGGAAUGAGGAAGCGUGAUGCAGGACUCCCCAGCCCUGUUGCUGCAGCUUGCGGUUUGCUUAGUAGCACAGUUAAAAGGGAUCACAAGGAAAAAAAAGCCACACCUCUGGUGUACUCCUGGUGACACUGUCAGCUAAUCCGGGGCUAUGCGCUUCCCUUCCUCCCUCUCCUGCUGUGUUUUUUUUCCAGUGUGUAGAAAGAAAACUGCUUCUGUGUGCCAGUUAACCUUAAAUGCUGCUAUGAAACCAGGCCUCACAAAGGUCUUUCAGUAGCCCCAGGAAUUACCUCCCACGGAUGCUCUACCUGAUUAUACACGGAGCAGAUUUUGCAGUGCUACUGUCGGGUUUAGACCAGAUCCGUCCUUCACCCAAUGUGAGCUGUACCCCACGUGUACGCACAAAAAAAGGCUCUCGCCAAACACUGGCUUUCACCUGGUUAAGAAAGCACCUGCAAGACUCGCAUUCUUUACAGUAUCAGGUCUCAUAGCUUUUGUCGUAUUUAACUUUUUGUUUUGAAUUACGUACUCAUAGGCUUUAAAGCGCACCGCUGCUGUGAAAUGUCGGGAGGGUUUGUGGUCGCUGCUUGUCGGGUGAAUGGUCGUUUGCCAGCGCGCAGGUAACGGCAGCAGAUGCUUCUGCUGUGUAUAUGCUCAGCAGAGGGAUUGCCAGGCUUAGUCACAAAACCGUGUGGUGCGAGUACUAGAAUGGCUUGAAAAGAACGGGUGUCUCCAAAGAGCUGUCUUGCCUCUUCGCCUCAGAAGUCGCCGGUGGGAUGGCUGCAGUGGUGGGGUGGCGAGCAGGAGUGAGCCCAGCUCUGGCAGCGAGCGGGGCCCUGUUUUCCUCUCCUCGCAUCAGUUUUGUGUGCCAGCCAUGUGGUGUUAGCAAAGGGCUUGGCCGUGAGACUUCGCUUUGGCAUCGGCUGGUGGAGCACGUUUCUGCCCUGGAAGGGGAAGCGCGAGAGAAUCCUCAGGGGCCUGAACUUCAUCCCUGAGCAGUGCCUGGUGCCUGCCCCCUGCCCCGGGGAGGGCUGUGGAGGUGUGAUGGGGCUCCUCGGUUGCAGCAGAGUGUGCAGCCCAGAAAACACCACUAAGCUGUAGGCUCUGACUUGCUGAGUUUUCCCUGUGGGGCUGGAGAUCAUCUCCGGAGCCUGGCUGUUGUGAAAGGUGGGAAAUUUGGACUUGAGACCAGGGUCUGUGUUUAGUUGGCAAUGCCUUGGUUUUGCUGCAAGAUGGAAGUUGUUCUUCAUUCUCUCUAAUAGCGUUUCCCAGCCAAAUUCACUACCCUAGGCUUGUUGAAAGGCGCUUGUUAAAGCAUCAGGAAGGUGGGCUGUGCCUGUGUAAUGCCACUGAUUUAAAUUCACACUUCAGCUUGUACUGAAAAACAAAUCAUAUAAUCAUGGAAUGGUUUGGGUUGGAAGGGACCUUUGAAGAUCAUCUAGUCCAGCCUUCUUGCCACGGACAGGGACAUCUUUCACUAGAUCAGGUUGCUCAAAGCCCCAUGCAGCCUGACCUCAAACACUUCCAGGGAUGCAGCAUCCCAGAUAGAUACUGCAGAAAUCCCCUCUCCUGACCCGAGUGGAUGCUUUCCUAGGUGUCCUCCACACUGUACUGCUGCCUCUGAACACCAGACAAGCUGUGUGUCAGCAUGGCUCUGGCUGAUGAAAGGACAGGCUCCUGCCCCCGUCGUUCAGUUGGGGAACUGAAGAACUUGACCAGGGGUCUGGCAUCUGGUGCAGCACAAAGGGGAGCUAGACACUCUCCUGGAUUACGUGGCUGGACUGUGGAACAUCUCUCACAGGUUUCCAGGAAAGACUUCAUAGCCUUUCUGCCCACUGAAAGAGUUUUAAUCUUGGUUUUCUUCUAUACGCUGGGAGGCUUUUCUUGCCAGGAUUGGAAUUGGAGGAAGUGAAAGCAAUGCGUUCACUGCCUCCCAGGUGCAUUUUGAGGGCAGUUCCCCCAUAAAACGAAGGUAGGGUCUGUGCCAGUUGCUGGGUCUUGACCAUCUGCCAGGCUUCUGCUCCUUGAGCAUAAACAAAUUCUUACUCGAGCAGGGAGAGAAGGAUAUAGAAAUUGAAAGCCACUAGCAUGAGGUUUAUUUUGUUUAAAUGCAGGCAAAGUUGCCACACUCCACAGCCUCCCAAAAAGCACUGAAGAUGUGGCGGGAGGGUAAGAAGAUGAAAACUCAGAGGGGACCAAAGUUUCCUGUUGUACCAAAAAUUUAAGGAUGUUUUUCCCUACAUUGGGUACCAGCUUCUGAACAAUUAAGACAUUCAGCAAUGACCAUGGGGGGAUGAAUUCUGACUGGAAGUGUGUUUCCAAAGAAAAUUAUUUUAAAAUAUGCAGAUUUCUUGCUGUAUGUAAUUUUUAGGGGUUUUUUAUAAAUGUUAACUUAUUUUUGUGGACUACUUAGGGAUCUGUUCUGGUAUUUAUAUUCCAUAACUUUGUUUCAGCUUUUGUGGCAUGUAAUAGCAGCAUGUAGAAGAAGGGGAAGUCCUGAUGGCGGUCAUUUUUCUUCAAGUUGCCUUUUGUCUGAGAACAUUCAUAGGAAGACCUUUCUGUGUCACCAGGUUUCAUAUUUAAAUGUGCCAGCCCCAGAGCCACCUACUGCAAAUUUGCUAGUGGAGGUGAGGAUCCUUAGCCCCAUCUCCUACUCCUGUCAUGACUCCUUCCACCCAUCAGUUCCCUGGUGGCAGGUGCUGCCGUCUCUUGCUCUUUGUUGCUACUUACCAGAUGCAAAAAGGCGGAGGGAGCCCGCAGCCCUGCACAGUGACAGAGAAGUGUAGGUGACUGUCUGGGUGUCACAGGGGCCGGGGUGCGCUGCAGGCAAAGCGCUGCUGGUUUGGAGCCAUUUAUGCGUGGUCGCAGCAGGGAAGAGGGGGCUGCAGGGGACCACGCCGGUGAAAACCCUGCUGGCGCAGACGCCACGCGUGGCUGUUUGUCGUCAGGGUGUUAGAAGGGUGAAGUUUUAGCUGGCAGUGCUCGCUGUGGGCACUCUCAGCCUUGGUCCAUCCCAGAUGAAAACCAGCUCCUGUUUGUAGUGUACAGAGGGUGACUGUCGCUGCCCCCAUCCCUGCCAACUCGGAGAGCAGAAAGCAGUGUGGUAGGGUAUUAACGUUUAUACUUGUGAAACUUGUUUCUGUAGCGAUUGCCUUUUACGUAUUAAGAAAUCCUAUUGGAAUUCAUUAAAUGACACACACACACACCCUGAAAGCCAUGUACAAGUCAGCGUUGCUGUCAUCUGCCCAAACGAAUGAAGGGUGACGCAGGUCCAGCAGGCUUGAGGAGCUUGCUUUGAAGCAGAGGAGCAGGAGUGGUGCUGGUUUUCAUGCAGCAGGCUCCCCUGCAGUCCCUCCCUCACAUGCUUGUCAGCACCCUCCCCUUUCAAGGGAAGCCUCUUCCCUCUGGCAGAGAAACCAUCUCUUUUCUAAACCCUUGAAUAACCUUGCAACAUCUGCUGGGCCCGCCUUUAUGGGCAGGUCUUUAUGGGUAUUUCUUCCUUCCUUUUACCAAAAAUUGCACUUUUCCAAGGCUAAAUCUAUACAUACGCAGUGAACCAAUGCUUGCUCCUCACAGCCGCCUCCCCUUUCCCUGGGGCCAUCAGCCUGACUGGGGAUGCUGGCGUGCCUGCAUCCAAAAGCAAGCUGAAGGCAAAGCUGCUUCACCGGUGCCAUCGGUUGCUCUGCCUGCUGCUGCUUUGCCUCAUGGUUUAUCAUUCAUUUCCCACCCCAGCAGCGAUGCCUCCCCCAUAAACCCCGCCGGGCUGCCUUAUGCUCUGCAUUACAGUUGCAAGUGGGGUCUUGUGGGGUGGCUGACAGCCAACUGGAAACCAGAUGAUCCUGGAACAUCUCUGCUAGCAAGAGCCAGACCUCGACUUUUCUCAGGGUAUUUGCUCCUGGCUCACGCUCCCAGGCGCGAGGUCUAUCUAAGACCUGGCGGGCUCCAGCCAGUGAGAGGCACCUUCUCCUCUUGAUGCUGUGUGGGACAGUGUUUUGGCAGAGUGCCUCGUGGUUUUGGGACAACAGUGGAAGGAAAGGGUUCCCUUGCAGGACGUUGUCGCUUCCAGCUGCACGGGGUGCAAGGAGCAGGAGGAGCCGCUGGCAGCCCGGAGGCGGUGUGCUAGCAAACCUAGUGCAAGUUUGGGCCAUGUCAGUAAAGGCUUUUUUACUGACCGAAGCCAUGGAAGAGUCUGUAUCUUUUUAUUUCUUAAGUAUUACGCAAAAUGUAAAUACCUUUUGGUUGUCUGUUUGAUGGUCUGUUUUCCUGAUGAUUUCUCAGAAAUUUCUUACAGGUGUGAUAAAUAAUUUUAAUGCUGGUUCUGCAAACAAAUUUAUUUUUUAUCUUUUUUAUCUUUGUUUUGGUUUCAUUUUUUUUGUGGGUUUUUUUUUUUACCGUGUUCAUGUAGAAAUUAAAGCCUUAAGUUUUAAAAUGUGAACCUUGCCCCCAGAGCACUGCGCAGGUGUGUGGCUACUUUUUAUCUUGGCGACACUGUUAAUACUUCUCCCCUGAACGAUGAUGCUUUUGGAAUUUGGAAAUUCACUUGUAAUUGUGUGGUACAGCGUUAAGACAUGUUUCUCGAUAUCCAAAUAAAUGAUGCCUAUUGUUUGCCCUUA